GUCGGCCCGUCGGCCCGCGGCUGUUCUCGGACUUUCCUCGCCUCGCCGCACCUCUUUCUUUUUCUUUGGCCUUCAUCAUUCCAGCAGCAGCUGUGCGUGCCUGCCUAAUCAGAUCGAGUGCCCACCUUCCGUGCGCGAGGCGUGCAGAGUAUUUGUGCAGGCAGCUGUCUCGGCCGUGGAUUUGGUGUCGCCAUCAGCUUGUUUCGUCUUCGUUCGCUCUGAAAAUUCUUUCGUCGCCCGCCGCUGUUUCCUCCUGAGUCCUGGUCGUGGUCUAUAUCUCUCAGUGACUUGUGUUUUGGGCCCUCUGGAUUCUCCAGCUUAUGAAGAAUUGGUGCAAUUAUCCGGCUUGAGUGAGCUCGGGCAGUUUGCUCGGUAAAUUUUUGUUCCUGCAGCAGCCCGGAAUAAGAAGAGCACGUCUCUUGGGCCUGUGUUCUGUCAGAGCGCAUCAACGUUCCACAGAUUGACUUCUUGAAGUUUUCAGACUCUGAUGCGGAGGCGCAUCCAUCUCUUAUGAUGAGCUUUAUUUUCUUAAUGGCAUGAGUCUAAAUCUCGAGCCAUGUGAUUACUCCUUUCAAAUCGCCGUGCAGUAUUCAGUGUCCUGCAAGCAUCUUUGUUGUUGGGCCUGUGAAAGAUUUCAUGUUUCUGGAUAAAUGUAGAGUUGGGAAGUCGACUUCAGGAAAUGCAGCUAGAGUGGGAGAAAGCCCGAGUUGGUGUUCUUAAAGAAGACGGGUAUAAUUUUUAUCAGGUGAUCGGUGUAACAAAUUAGAUCUACACACGUAAAUGUUUUAGAAGAUCGAAGGCUGCUUUCAAAUGGCUCUCAGUUCAACUCCGAAAUUGUUCGUCAAGCGGACUGCAGAAUUUGAUGAAGAAUUCGGAGAUGAGCUUAACAGGCGAAAGAAGAGAGCUAUUUCCAUCGAACAGUCGGAGCCAAACGCUAUGGCCGUCGAAGCUGCUGACUCGAGGUCUAUGGCGAUCGAGCCAUCCCACAUAGAGCUUCAGAUACCAACCUUCGUUGGAAAUGAAGUAGCUGGUUCCACAGUCUUUGGGUUUUUGUUUCCAAAUCGAAGUUUCCCUCUGAAUGCUUCUAACUGCUGUCGAGUCAACAGUCAUGCAUGGGAGUUAGACAUGACCAUUUUCGUCGGCGAAGCUUAUUCUAAGGUGGAAGAGAUUUGCAUCUACCUUUUGAAUGAAAAAUCUCUGCCCGCAGACAAAGCCGUGGCUGUCUAUGUGCAAGCUCCUGGUUCUUCAUUUCAGUAUUGCGGAGCUGUAUAUCAAAACUGCCCUUCGGCCGUUCUCGCACUGAUGUGGCCGGAUGCAAAUCACCGGCUUCUUCCUUCCAGUUCCAACAACUCAUCGGCCAAAAUCGGCAUCUCUGUCGAAGACUUGUCAAGCCUACCCGUGAUAAAUAUGGGAGUUCAAAAGAAUAUUGAAGGUUUGGCCCUGAAAAUGUGGGAAAAGCUAUUCAAUAUAAUGUCUGGCUGCACCAUCGAGGGAGACAAAUUAAUGGUGCCUAAGCAUCUUGUAGACCGGAGAUUUCAGCAGUUCAAAGAUCGGUCUAAAAAAGAUCCUGAAUACUUGAAGAGUUUUGCAGCAAUCUGUUCCUCUUGAUCCACGCCUCUCAGCAGCAAUUUCUUCUCAUUACCUGAUUGACAUGGAUAUCAAGUUGGAUUAGCAACAGUGUUCGCUUAGUUUCAAAGGUCACACCAGGCCUGUCUCAAAGCUGCUAGGAAGUACUGGUCAGAUUGGGAAACAGAGAAAAUGGCCGCCUGGGACCAUGCAGUCUGUUUCCUCUCACCAUCUACUUUCUAGUCGCACAUGCAUACUUUUAUUUAGUUUGAUCUCGUUGGAGUAACAACGAAAUCUUGCAUAGCCGGACCUUUCGAAUUACCCUUGGUAGGCCUUCAUCUGUUUGAAUAGAUACUUGGAUCGGAGCCUCUGGUGUACAUUCGAGUGGGACAUCUGGGGACGGCUAUUAUCCUUACUAUGAUGUAAGACGAACGGUGAGUCCUCUCACACUUUUAUUCAAAUGGUCCAAUCGACUGUUUCACAGCCUCUGUUUCUU